ACCGUUUCGUCAUCUCUGAAAUCUCAGACUCUCAAUUUUUCGAAGAUGAAGCGUCGAUUCAAAAUGUGCAGCGAUUCAAAUCUGACGAAGCUUCACCGUCUGAUCGACGAUUCUCUCCGUCCGUACACAUUGAGUUUUCACAAUUUAGGGUUUUCAAUCUCGGGCUUUUGCAGGAGCCAGAUGUCGUUUCGGUAACGAAAGAGAGAGAAAUUCUGGUCAGUCUCGCUCAGAUUCUUCGGCAAGUGAAACUCUGGAUUGGAGAAGUUGAUUCCCAUUCUGAUAAUGGAGUGUUGAUUGGAUUGGAUUUUGAGAAUGAGUGUAUGUGUCUGAGUAAAAUCUUAACUCACUUGAUUGUUUUCCUAACAGUGGAGAGUCAAUAUGUGAAGCAUCUGGCCUGCAAUGUUCUAGCUGCUGUCUCCGAAUUCGUGGCGGCUUCGGGAAGCCACUGGGAUGCCUUUAUUCGUUUGUUGUGUGAUUGUAUGGAUUUGGCAAUCACUGCGGCAGUUUCAUGUUCUACAUCGACUUUGGCAACUGGAGCUAGUGAUCUUUGUUCUAGUUCAUUGAGUUUAAUUCUCGUGCUGAAACCUAAGGUGAAAAAUGGUGACUGGUCUGUAGCGGCUGGUGUUGUUCGGGUGCUACGUGAUAUACUGAAGUAUUUGAAGUCUGAGGAUGAUGACGAACUUGUUGAAGUGUUCAUUGAGGCUGUUAAUUCUUUUCUUUCAACAGUGCCUUGGGAUUUAUUGCAUGAGAUUCGUGUUGGUCCAAAUGCUGAUGCUCUGAAAUGCUCCAGGGCAGAUGUUUCAUUCCAAAGAACCUUGUUUCUAGGAAACUUGAUUCAGUUUCUCUGUUCCUUGGUCGAGCAAGGCAGUGUUGUCGAUGCUCCAGGUGGAUCUCUAGACCAGCAUCAUCCAGUGUUUUCUAGAAUCAUCAACCUUGUACCUAAGCUUUUACGUUUAUGCCUUGGGGAGCAGGCGGAUUGUGUUAUCUCUCACAACUGCAUCUCUCAAUACUUUAAACACAAGUUAUUGGUGCUAAUGAUCAGGCUCAUUGUCCAAACUUGUCCAGAAUCCUCAAUUCUUGUUUCAUGGUUGCAACUUAUCCAUUAUUACUUUGAAGAGCUUUUGCGGCAACCCAUUUCUACUCUGGAGUGUGAUCAGGAAGAUUGUUUGGAAGGCUCUCCAUUUCUAUCCAGUGUUUCUGAUUCAGAAGUAAAUAGUCUGUCUUCUCGCCAUCUGCAAAGACAGGCUGUGUUCCUUUUUCUGAGGUGUUCUUUUAGUUUGAUUAACUCAAAUGGAGGCACUAACAGAAAAUGUGCUUGUGCAAGUUGGAAUUUAUGCUUGGACUAUGACUCAAAUGCAGAGUUGCAGUGUUGUGGAAGAAAGGAAGGACUGUUGGAGCUUAAUAACUGGCUUCAAGGACAUCUUCCAACUGAUAUGUUUGUGGACCAUGAAAUGUAUUUUGAAAAAUGUGCAGACUUUGCCAAAUCCUUCCUCCAACUAUAUAUCAAAGAGGAUGAUGUAUUAUUCAGAGUGCUCUUGCAAUUGCUUUGUGUACCUUGUCCUGCAGAGAAACAGUUUGAAGAGGAAAGGGGAUCAUUUCAGGAUUCAAAGGGCAAUGUGCUUUUCUUUGUUUCAGAUCUUUUCAAUCCUGUACUCUUAUUCCAUCUAUUUCUUGUAGAGUUAAGCUAUGACCAUCAGGUGCUUCUUGAUUACCGUAUUACAAAAGAUACUGGAAUCAGUUGUGCAGAAUAUCUUUUAAGGUGCUUGCGUAAAGUGUGUGAUUCAUGGAGCUUAUUUGUGGAAUUUCCACCGAGUGGACAAGCUAUUAAUCGAUCAUCUUGCAAGAAAAGAAAAGUUUCAUUGAAUGGGUCGAGUUUCUGUGGAGCAGAUUUGUUUGCGCUAGUGAAAGACUCUGGAGGUUUGUUUCUUGAAGAUGAAUGUGACGAUGAAAAGAAAUAUGAUUUCAAGCACACUCGAGAGAAUUUCCAAAAAGCCAAAGAGUGCUUAAUUUCGUUGAAAAAUUCGAUUGCUCUUUUGAACCGCUUAAUGAGGUUUCAGGAACUCUGUUUCGAGGAGGAAAAAUAAACUUGUACAAGGUUGUGGGGACUUUGGAUUACUUCCCAGCAUAAAGUUUUGCAGAGCUCAUUUAUUCCUUUGAAGUUAAAGUCAUAAUAGGAGAUGCUGCCAACCAGUGAGGCCUAGUCUAAAGGUUUUAUGUGAAGAGUUACCACAUAACUGGGAGUCAAAAGGACAAUGCUGGAAAGAUAACUCAGUAUCAUCACAACUUUAUGGGGCCAUAGUAAUUGCAUUUUUUUAACGAAUUUGAAGCAGUGAAUGGGAAAAAGAACAAGCAUGUGUUGAGGUAAUUUAGAUUCUAUGUAUACAAGUUUAGACUUUAAGUUUAUUUUCACUGACAAGAGUAGAGGAGAAGAAAUCUCACUUGUAGCAUAGUUAAACCCUGCCUUCUAAUAGAAUCUCAAGAUCUCCAAUGUUAAAGGUAUUUUCUACUAACUUUCAUCACUCCAUGAGAUGUAGAAUUAAGGCCAUGACAUGAACAGAUAGCUUUUAAAGAAUUUAGCUAGGAAACAAAACUUUUACAGCAUAUAAUAUGGAAUUCAAGGUGAAAUGAUGCAAAAUGAAGGUUAGUGUAUAUGUCUGGUAAAGUUCAAAUAUAGGUUAAAUACCAAAAGCUUCUCUGUGUGUGGCUGAGCUGUGGCUAUGGCCGUAGAAUGAGGAUAAAUAUCUAGUAUGAUUUUGAGAAGUGGGACAGCUUUCCAGUAAGAGCAGAUAUAUGUGGCUAUGUUUAAGGAAAAUAAUGUUGUGGGACCAUGGCAGAUCUGCUCCAUCUGGGUGACUAUAAUGUGCUUGUGAUUCACAUGUCUUGUGAAGUCAUGCUUUGGUGCUAGUGAGUGUGUGCAAAAACGAAAUAGUAUUUUUCCCAUUAAUUACUAAAGGGAUGUUAUAUCAUUUGCAGACUAUAAAAUCAAGGCUGGACCUGAUACAGAGUAAGAUGAUAAGAAGAUAUAUAGGUACUUUCAUAUGGUAGAGAGGGAUGGUAAGGUAGGAAGGAUAGGUGAAGCAUUAGGAGGUGAUUUAGAGACAGAUGAGUUACUGACAUAAUGAUUUCAGUAAAGUUGCCAUCUAGAUCUUUUGAUCUUCCAGAAAAAAUCACUGGAUGCCAUGGUGCUGGUAUGAAGAUUAAGGUGGCAAUGCUACUGAGAUCAUUAAGUCGAACUUUACAGCUCUGGACAUGCUUGGCUGCUACAUCUCAGACUACAGAAAGGUUAGUUCCCUAAGUGAGAGAUCCGUGUUGCAGUUUACACUCUGAACAAGGAUAUUUGGGUCAUAGAUGCUCAAUAUAAGUUCCUUUUAGCCGUCUAUUCUUUCGAAAAUAAACCGGUUAUAUAUGAUGCUAUGUUCUCUAUAGAUUCCAAUAUUUUCUGUUCCUAUUUGGUUUACUUGAAAUUGUAUAAGUAGGCAAAUUAUUUUUCAUUCAGUUGCUUAAAGUUUAGAUACGGACAACCUUGUCCAUCCAUUGGAUCCUAAACUCGUGAUCUUUGGACAUAAUAUGACGUAUCUCAAAAAGCAAGUUACAAUUUAAGCCCAUAAAACCCCUAAAUGUGAAGAAGAAGAAGAAAAGCAUCAGUGGUAUAAUUUUCAGGGAUGCGUGAUGUUGAUAAUUAUUUGGCGUUAAAUCUGAAAUAACAGAUUUCCGUCUUUCAUGAUCCUUCUAGCUUAUUUUUCUUUUAUAACCUUUUUCAUGAAAUUCUCUGUUUUUCUUUUUGCUAAACUUUUGCAUAAACAAUAUAGAUAUGAACUAUUCUAUUUGGUGUGUAAAUAAAGACUGUCGGCCCCGAGACUCAUCACCUUCGCAUGUUUAACUUUCUUUGGCUCUAUCUUUCCUAGCAAGAUCAGCAAGGUCCUUUGUUCAUUUAAUUGCUUGCUAUUGGAUAAAGGAGGAAUUAACAAGUGGAUGAGUGAGAAUACUCGUAGAUUUAUACUUGGUUCCAAACGACUUAAGCAUUGUACGGUAGCAAUUCAUGUACUAGACUGUAGAAUCUGCGAGAGAGAAUAAUGCAGUUCGUUUGAUUGAACCAUGAAGACCUCUGUGCCUUUAAAUUAUUGGAGAUGUUCAAAGGAAGGAGAAAGUAAAAUCUAUGAUAGGACAAGUGGAGUGCGAUCUUGUUGUCAUGAAAAUAAUAAUAGUGAAAGAAAAGAGGUUCAUGGGUUCAGAUCGUUACCCUGUUUCACGAAAUCUUAGAAUUACAUAAUAGAUUUGUGCACGGGUGAUGCUUCUAGAUCUUGAUCAGUGCAAGCUUUAUGUAAACGAGAGAAACACUACCAAAGAUUAGUCCUACGGUCCUACCUGAGACAUUAGGAUCACUUUCACUAGAAACGGUAGGAGAAGGUGACUUUUAUACCUAGGAAUGAUUAGUCUACCCACCAAAGCUGAGUUUUUUUUUUUUUU